ACAGAUACAGCGAUGACGAACCAACAACAGAUCUCAAUCAGACUUUAUAUCUCUCCUGGAAGGGGAUUUUAGCUGGGACUGGAAUGACACACAGCACAGUUCCUUCCCUGAGGACACUCCAGUAAUCGCUGCAAACUGGGAAUCACUCCUCCUGGCAUCAAAAAUCUCACCUUCCUCCUCCAUCUGCCCAUCAGGUCAUAGUCACCCUCUGGUUUUGAAAGGUAAUGUAAGGAAAUCAUUUAUCAGUUGUUUAUACUAUUUUCCUGUUUAAUGUGAUUUUUCUUUACUCAAUUUAUGAUUUGUGUUCUUCUGUCUCUUUUGGAUUGUAAUCACAUGGGAGAGAAACAUUAAGGGCAAUUCCCUCAGAGGCCACUGGUUUGUUUCAUGUCAGAGAGGAGAAGAUUCAACCCAGUUGCCAUCCAUCUGUUUAUUCAGUCACAAGUAAACACAAAACGCACACAACAUCCAGUUACACUACAACAGGUUGUACAUUGUCAAUGCAAGAAGAUGUUUUUCCCCUCAGGAUCACCGAAGAGUUCAGUGCACACGGACAUGACAGGAAGAAUCUCGAGCGCUGAUUGUUUACAGUCCGUUGCAGAAGUGACCUAGAGGAAAAGGUGGGUACUUUGCGCGCUCAAAUGUGAGACGGUCAGAACCAAAGAGAAAGUAAAACCUCAAACGAAGUGAAAUACAAGGUGCAGACAGACUACACACAAUUCUGUUCAACCAGAGACUGACAAAAAAUGGCCGCCACUAAAAGAGUGAUAGUCGAGGCACUUGAUGAGCUUGUGGAUAAAGAGCUCGAUCAAUUCAUCUGGCAACUCUGUAAUCCUAUGACAGAAGACAUCAAGCCUAUUCCUCGAGCGAGGCUUCAGACUACUGUUCGUCAUGAAGUCGUGGAUCGCAUGGUUCAGCAGUACAGUGCUAAUGCUGGGAAUAUUGCAGUGAAAGUGCUGCAAAACAUGAAACAAAAUGACCUUGCAAUUGAUCUUGAGCGGAAACUUAAGGAAGUUCAGCAGCCUGAGCAGGUGGACGGGAGAAAUGCUCCAGUCUUUGUGUGUCAGCAGCAGCCCAUCCAGUCCGAUUGGAAGAGACCAGACAGGAUUAUUCUCUGCACCCAAGAGUUUAAGAACAAAAUUCUUAGAGACAAUAGAGAUGAUGUUUAUUUACCAAAGAACAAGUCUCAGAGGAAAGGUUUAGCCCUGCUGAUCACCAACAUACACAACAGGCCCGGAGCAGAGAGAGACGAGGAGAACAUGGAGUGGCUGCUGACAGCUUUGGGUUACAAUGUUGAGAAACACAGAAAUCUCUCUGGAAAAGAAAUAAAAGCGGCAGUCGUGAACUUCGCUGCACUUCCUGACCAUAAAGACUCGGACAGCACCUUCGUGGUUAUAAUGUCUCACGGGAACAUAAUCAAAAAUAAAGAUGCCAUUUUAGGUGCAGGUGUCAGUUAUACUGGCCCCGAUGAUUACUUCUUUGUUGACGACAUCUUCACCCAUCUGAACUCAGUGAAUUGUCCUGCUCUGAUUGACAAACCAAAGGUUAUUCUGAUCCAAGCCUGCAGAGGAGAAAACUCAGGAGCUGUGGAAAUACAAUCAGACGCCGCGGUGCACAUUGAGAAAGACUUUGUCAGUUUCAAGUCCACCCUCCCUGAUAUCGUUGCGUACAGGAAUCGUGUCAAUGGAAGUUAUUUCAUCUGUUACAUACUGGAGGUGUUCUGCGAUUGGGCUCAUAGUGAUGAAAUUAAGGAGUUGUUCAGGAAGGUCACCUCAUGUAUGGAGAAAGACACACGACUAUCAGUCCCUGGUAAACUAAUGCCGUGUGUUGACAGGAUGACCCUUCCAAAGAAACUCUACCUGUUUCCUGGACUCUGAGGAUGUGCGGUUUAAAAUCAUUUAAGGCAAGACACCACAGGUUAAAAAGGUGAAGACCAGACCUCCAAAACCAAGACCAUUCAAGACCAGAGGUGUGGACGAGACCAGACCUUCCAAGACCAAAACCAGACCAUUCAAUUAAGAUAAUUCAUUAAUCGUGUGACUAUUGAACAUUAAUGAUGAACACCUGCUGUUGAAAUCAUAAUGUUUAAUGUUUAUUUGACCUGAAUCACUGAACUCAUUUAGAGCCCAAUCUCUGAGUUAGAUUUACAUUAUUGAUUACAGCAGCACUGUGAUUCUACAGCAGAAGUUCAGCUUUUUUAAUAUAAUCCAAUGGAUUUCUCAAAAGUUGUUCCCCAUGAUGGUGACGUAAAAUUUUCUUCUUCUGAUUUUCUUUGGUGAUUCUGUUUGAAUUUAAGAAUUUAGUCAAUUUGAGUAGGGUUUUUUUUUAACAAAUGCUUUUUGACACAGUCUGAAUGUCAGUGUUUGUCACAGUGAAUGUGUAAAAAUUAAGUGUUGUCCUAAAACACAAGCACUGAUGUGUAAGUGAUGUUUUUUGACUGGAUUUGAUAAAGAGAUCAUUGAUCAUUUGAUCUUCAUGUUCAGAAGUAGCACAGGUGUUUUAUUUUGUUGUUGUUUUCCUCUUUCCUUCAAUGAUUCUGCCUGUUAACAACAGGUGUUCAUCACUACUGCUUGAUUAAUGACUUAAUUAUCUCAUUAACUUCCCUCUUGAAUGCUCUUGGUCUCGGUCUUGGAGGGUUUGGUCUUGACUACACCUCUGGUUAAUCUUCCUGACACAUUCACUGUGUUAAAAUCAUUGACUCGAUGAAUGUGUCAGAAUUAACACAACAAACAUUGUCCCUAAACUCACACAUUGAUGUGUAAGAAUUGAACACAGUUUGAGUCCGUUUUAACACAUCCUUUCUAAGAGUGUGUGUAUAUGUAUAUAUAUAUAUAUAUAUAUAUAUAUAUAUAUAUACAGCCAGUAUAAUGCAAUUAUCACUUAUAUACAUUCAUUGUACUUUUUAAAUCUCAUUUAAUGACAUUUUCGCAUAUAUUUAGCUAAUGUCAUAUUACUAUAUUAACAAUGUAACUGCUAAGGAGUUUUCUCCAUCCAAAAUAGUGUCAAUGCAAUGUCUUGUAUUUUGUGUGUCAAAAUAUCUUGUAUUUGGUGAUGGUCCUCAGAUCUGUCAAGGCUGAUGCUUGUAUAAAAUUUUAUCCCCACUUGUAUAAGCAUCCUCUUUGGCAAAACAAAGCUGUUUGCGUUUCCCAGUAAACCAUGGUUUAUCAUUAGAGAAUGAUAAGAAUGUCCUGGUAGGAAUGCACUUAUCCUCGCAGAAACUGAUGUAUGAUGUUACAGUAUCUGUGAGCUCGUCCAGAUCAGUGGCAGUGUUGGGGGUAACGCAUUACAAGUAAUGACAGGGCUGUAAUCAGAUUACUUUUUUCAAGUAACUAGUAAAAUAACGCAAUACUUUUUUUAAAAUUUACAACAAAAUAUGAGAGUUACUUUUUUCAAAUAAGUGUUUUGACAUUUAGUCACUGACACCUCCCCAUGCUGAGAGAAAUCGUAAGUGCAGAGGUGCUGUUUAAUCAUGAUGGACUAAAUUUGAGCAUGCAUUUACUCAUCUCACUUGCACAAAAACAGAUUCAGUAUUCUUCAAAAUUAAUAAAAACAGUGAAAUGCAAACUCAAUUUUUUUUUUAAACCUGCAAUAAUUAAAUAUGUUAAAUUACACAAAUAUACUUUAUGUAUUUAACCUCACAUUAUUAACCCCUUAACUGUUACAGUCCCCCUGGCGGGACGCCUCCCAGCCAGCACACCCAUGUAGGCCCCGCAUGGAUUAGCCCAGAUCUCUGUCUCUAUCUCUUAGGUCCACACUCUUCAGUGUGAACACUACAUGCUGUUAAAUGUAACACUGAAUCGGUGUUGGAGUUAAUGAGAUAAUUAGGUGAUAACGAGCAGAAUCACAGAAGGACAGAGAAACAACAAGAACUACGACUUCAGC